UGCUGUGAACAAGGAGAGGGAGAGAAACGCGAACACUAGCCGUUUUUUAGAAAGGAAAUUAUCCCAUUGCUCGAGAGAGGUUCAUUCAUAAGAAACACGCAGUUACAAAAGUCCUCGCGCGCGCACAGUUUCCAUAGGGGUCCAGCGAACAAGUAAUGGGCAAAGUGCACGGAAAAGUGGAGACGGACAUUCCUGACGGGCUCAACUUCAACCAAGAGGCUUUCUACCGACGAAUUUUGCUUCCCGAAGAAAAAUCAGAGCAGAUCACAAUCAAGAUAACAGGGCCUGGCGGUGUUGGUGGCACUUCAUUUUCCUCGUCUUCGUCUUGUUCGAGUUCCUCGUCCUCGCAGAUGGGCACCCCGAAACGUAUCAGUCCGAUUGUGCCUGGCGCCUCUCUGGAGAACCACGCCAUGGUUGUCCAAGCGAAGCGCAUCAUCAAGGAACUCACCGCCCUGCAGGCGUCGGUACACCUGCGCAUCGGCCUAGAACGCAAGGACAAGGACUUCACCACCUGGGAGGUUGAGAUGUACCACGUUGAUCCUGACUCGGAAUUGUGCCAGGAAAUGUAUUUGAACGGUGUGGACCACAUUCUGCUGGAGAUGUGCUUCACCAACGAGUUUCCGUACUCGCCACCGACUCUGAAGGUGCUGGCGCCGGAACUGCACGACCCGAGCCACGACCUGAUCAAGCGGGACGGCAAAAUCAACAUGGACAGAUUGGCGGCCAGCUGGUCCAGCUACACUUCCAUCGAGUCGUUGUUCGUGCGUUUAGAGGUGCUGCUUGCCAAACUCAAGGUCGAGCUAAAAAAGACUCCUUCCUGAUCACUUAUUUAUAUUUAUUUUAUUCUUUGAUAAUUUAUGCAAGAGUCCGCCUAUGACACGGCACAUUAGAAUUGAUUAGAAUAAGAAAAAGAUUAAAUUGUCUCAUUUCCUUGAGAUAAAAUUAGGGAAAAAUUUAAUUCCUCAAUAAAUUUUGGCAGCAAUCGAGAUUUCCUGGUUUUUCAGAGCAUGAAUCAAUAAGUUGACCUUAUGGCGUUGGCCAGUUAUAUUAUAUUUUUAAGAAGUGUUUAGUGGAGUGAAAGUAGCCCAUACUUUUGGUGUAUUUUUGGAAACUCUGCGCAAAAGUGUGCACUUUCGCGUGGUUAUAUGCAUGACCAUGAAAAAUUAAGCUCUCUGUAUUAUCUUGCAAUAAAAUUUAUUGAUAGUAAAUUUUAAUAGA